CCGGACCCAGUUAGAUGUUGGACCCGGCCUGGUUACCAUGGUAACGGGAGUCGCGGUUUGUCUCCUGAGUGAAGAGGGACACUUCUCCGUUUUCGGGAGGAGGGUGAUGAUACGAUCUUAGGAUACUACUCUCUCAUAGUUUGUUCUAGAGGCCCAUCUCAUUACCAAUCAUGAAGGCAUCCUCAAAGGGUCUUCUCACCCAGAUUUCUCAGUUCUGGAAUAUGCUCGAUGACUUGGCUGAAAAUGAUCCUGAGCGCUACAAGAACUUCAUCGAGCAGGAGCUGAAGGAUGGAAAAGAGCUCUGUGCGGACCCAGAACCACACCUCUGCCUACAGACCAAGAUUCUAAAACCAAAAGAAAAAAUACUUUUUAUCAACCUAUGUCAAUGGAAAAGGAUCCCGGCUCCCCAAUCAGCCACUCAUCCUGUACCUAUACAUGUUGGCAGACCAGAAGAUUUCUCUGAGGCAUCAGGUUCCUAUACAGUCAUUGAUGUUGCCUACAACCCUGGUGUUCUGCAAGCAGCAGAGAAAGACCAAGGCAUCAAAGAUCAGUUAAUAAAAAUGGCCAUUCAUUGCAUUGAGGAACGACUCCACUUCACACUCGCACAUUCACACCGUGUUACUAGCUUUAAAAUUAAAGGAAACAUUCAGAGAAUGAAAGAAAAUCUGAUGGGCAUUAAAACUGACUUCGCAGGCUUCAAAGAGAUAAUGAGAACUGAAGAUACUCUUGAAAAGAUCAGGAGCAGUGCUGUGAGUGAACCAAAUCACCUUCCUCAGGUGCUGCUGACAAAAAAGCAAGCAUCGGGCAAAGGACGGUGUCUUAUAGAGGAGAUUUCGAGUUCCGAAAUCCAGGUGGAGGUUAAGAAACCAGCCUAUGAAUUAAAGGUUGUAAAGGAUCAGAAUGAGAAACCUCUGAAAAUUGAACUGAAAAUCCAGCUACCUGGGAUUAACUCAGUCUCCCUCUGUGAGCUUAGUGUUUCUGAGGUUGACUUAUUGAUUGAGGUCUCUGAGAAGUACCGAUUAUACCUGAAUCUUCCGGAAUCGGUUAAUACAGAAACGACUACGGCAAAAUUUGUCAAAAAUAAAUCCAUACUAUUCAUUACAAUGCCACUGGCAUGAAAA